AUGAACCCCCGGGUGGUGAAAACCGAGGCGGCCGACGAGCGCCUCACGCUGCCGGCGACUGGCGCCGGCGGCGGCGGACCGCGCGCCCCGGUUCAGUUCAUAGAGCUCAGCAGCAGCGACUCCGACUCUGACGGCGGCGUCAGCGGCAGCGCAAAGAGGUCCCACAGCGCGGCAGGGGACAGCGCCGCGGGGAAGCGGGCUAGGGUUUCCGCGGGGCCCGUGGUCGGCGUGGACGUGCCACCAGGCUUCCUCGAUCCGCUACCGGCGCCUCCACAGCCGUCGAGGGGCACGACGAAGCAGUUCUGGAAGGCCGGGGACUACGACGGGAAUCCGGCUGGGGGUGCGGAGCCGCCGCCAUCUGCAUCUGGAUUGGAACAUGUCCGCGUACAUCCUAAAUUUUUGCACUCAAAUGCAACAAGCCACAAGUGGGCUCUAGGGGCUUUGGCUGAGCUUCUGGACAACUCACUCGAUGAAGUUAGAAAUGGAGCUACGUUUGUGAACAUUGACAUGUUGGAGAAUAGUAAAGACAAAACAAGAAUGCUCCUUGUUGAAGAUAAUGGUGGUGGAAUGGACCCAGAUAAAAUGCGUCAGUGCAUGUCCUUGGGUUAUUCGGCCAAGAGCCAAGUUGCAAAUACCAUUGGACAAUAUGGAAAUGGUUUCAAGACAAGUACAAUGAGACUUGGUGCUGAUGUUCUGGUCUUUUCCCGUAGCCGUGGAAAAGAAGGCAAAAGGCCUACACAAAGCAUUGGCAUGCUAUCUUAUACCUUUUUGAGGAGCACUGGUAAAGAGGAUAUUGUUGUUCCAAUGAUUGAUUAUGAAAAAAAUGGACUGAAUUGGACAAGAAAGCUGCGGAGUACAUUUGCUGAUUGGAAUACAAGCCUACAGACUAUCAUUACAUGGUCGCCUUAUGGAACUGAAGCAGAACUACUUGAACAGUUUAGUUCUAUAAAGGAACAGGGGACUCGAGUUAUCAUUUACAAUCUUUGGGAAGAUGACCAAGGAGAUUUGGAACUCGACUUUGAUGCUGAUGUAAAUGAUAUUCAACUCAGAGGUGGUAACCGUGAUGAGAAAAAUAUCGAGAUGGCUAAGCGGUUUCCUAACUCCAAGCAUUUCCUUACAUAUAGGCAUUCAUUGAGGAGUUAUGCAUCUAUUUUGUAUCUCCGACUUUCGGAUGCUUUCCAAAUUUUUUUACGUGGAAAAGAGAUUGAGCACCAUAAUAUUGUGACUGACAUGAUGCUGAAGAAAGAGGUUACAUACAGGCCGGUUGCAACUAAUGGACUUCCAAAAGAUUCAAAUAUGGUAGCUGAUGUGACGAUUGGCUUUGUUAAGGAUGCAAAAUUCCAUAUUGACGUCCAAGGAUUUAAUGUAUAUCACAGGAACCGUCUGAUAAAGCCUUUCUGGAGAGUGUGGACUGCUGCGGGAAGUGGUGGGCGUGGUGUUAUAGGUGUACUUGAGGCUAACUUCAUAGAGCCAGCUCAUGAUAAGCAGGACUUUGAGCGCACAACUCUUCUAGCAAGACUUGAAGCACGAUUAAUUCAAAUGCAGAAGGAUUACUGGUCAGGAAAUGCUCAUCGGAUUGGUUAUGUUGGAGCUCGCUCUUUCAGAAGUCCUGAAACAGGAAGAGAAAACUCUCCUGAAGGUUCCCCAGGAGCACAACCAUCACCAGGUCAUUCUGGGAAAGAUUAUCCAAAACAGCGCAGCGCUGGUAAAUCAUAUUCUGCCUCCAGUAAAAAGAGCGGGAAAACAAGCACACCGUUUAGUUGUCAACAGGCUGAGAAGUCUGCCAGGACUAAGCGAUCUGCGGGAUCAAUACUGCAUGGAUUACCAGACACAAGUGAUGACAGUGAUUCUGAGUUUGUGAACACACCGUCAUUAAGUUCAAAAUCUCAUAUCCUGAAUGCACAUAGAAAAUAUUUCCAGAAUGAGAAUACUAGUUUGGCAACGCCCGCGUCCAAUGGAACAACAGAAAAAGAAAGAAGCAUAACCAAAUCCCAGUUGGCGGAACCAAAUGCAAGAAGUAACGUUGAUGGACAUUCCAUUGAUGAUCAUGAACCUGUAAUCAAGCAAUUGAGGGAUGAAAAUGCAUCAUUAAAGGAAAGGUUAUUGAUUGUGGAAGAGGCAACGUCACAAGAGCUGGUUAUGGAGCGGGACAAGGUCAAGUCUUUGACAGAGAGGCUGGAGGAUCUGCAGAGACAACUUGAUACUGCAAACAAGGAACAAGAAGCACUGAUCGACAUCUUUUCAGAAGAAAGAAGUCGGCGAGACGAAGAAGAGGAAAAUCUAAGACAGAAGCUAAAGGAAAUCAAACGCUGGCAGGAAAAGUCAAAAGGUGUGAGAAACUCACCAUGUUGCUACCGCCUCACUAACCAGAGAGACUCCAGUUUCAUGUUUUCACGCCCUGGGGCAUGGCAUCUCAGUUGCUUUUGCAACUCUAGCUUGUGUACGGCCAAUGUUUAG